ACGGUGCAGCUGCUGCACAGUUUUUAAGUCCGUUUGGAAACCUUUCCCUUCUUGACUUCAAAAUGGGAAAGCUGGCAUACAUUUCGCUUGCAGUUGCUGCCCUGUCGGUGCUGUUAGGAGAGAGGUUCAUGAACCUGAGGAAAAGGUGCCUCGCUACAAGGGAGAUUGUCCCGAAACACCUCCCCAACUGUGUCGCACUCAAAAACCUGGAUUAUGGGUCGGAGGAUAUAACGAUCCUUGAAAACGGGCUUGCUUUUAUCAGCACUGGUCUGAAGUUUCCUGGACUGCCUUCCUCAGAUAUGCCUGGAAAGAUGUUUUUGCUCGAUCUGCAGGAUUCUCAGACAAAACCAAUAGAGCUCCGCAUGCCAAGAAACUUUGACCUUGAAUCAUUCAACCCUCAUGGGAUCAGUGUAUUUGUCGAUCCAAGUGAUAACACGGUCUACCUAUUUGUUGUCAAUCAUCCUCAACACAAAAGCCAAAUAGAGCUAUUCAAGUUUGUUGAGGAGGACCGUGCCCUGGAGCACCUGAAAACCAUAAAGCAUGAACUUCUUCACAGUGUAAAUGAUAUCGUUGCACUGGGAGUGGAUAGGUUCUAUGCCACAAAUGACCACUACUUUUCAAAUGAAAUCCUCAAAAUAUUCGUGGAGCCUUUUCUGCCUCUGUCGUGGGGCAAUGUUGUGUACUAUAGUGGGGAGGAAGUAAAAGUGGUUUCUGAGGGUUAUUUAUUUGCAAAUGGAAUCAACACAUCACCUGACAAAAGACAUAUUUAUGUCGUAGAGUUUUUUGAACAAAAUGUGCAUGUGCUGGAGCGGAAAGAAGACAAUUCAUUGGUCACUGUCAAGACUGUGGCUGUGGGUACACUCUGUGACAACGUCGAAGUUGACCCUGAAACCGGUGACCUUUGGUUAGGCUGUCAUCCUAAUGCAUGGAAGGCUCUCGUGUUCGACCCCAAAGACCCACCAGGAUCAGAGAUCAUCCGUAUCCAGAACAUUCAUUCGGAUCAGCCGGUGGUGACACAGGUGUAUGCAGACAAUGGACAUGUGAUCAUGGGCUCUUCUGUAGCCGCCACCUAUGGAGGGAAACUUCUCAUUGGCUCUGUGUUCCACAAGGCUUUGUGCUGUGAUUUAAUGUAGGCAAUGAAAAUGAACACGGUGCUUCUCUGUAACAGGCAAGAGAAAGAAGCAUCAAUUCAGGCAUAGAAAAGAUUAAAGAUUUACAGAUGAGCUCUCAACCGGGACAGGAAAACGGUGAUACACAUACAGGUUCAGCCUACUGUAGGCUACCAGACACAACAUCAUAACACAGCCACAUAAUUGACUGAAUUGCCUACAUAUUUGGUCCCCUGUUAAAUAAUUGGAAGAAUUAUGAAAAUAAUAUUUUUAGAUCACUUUCUUUUCAUUGUCCAGCUGAAAAUGUGAAAUAUUUUCAUGUGCACUGUGUGUAAGGGCUUCUCUUUACAUGUUGUAAUUGCUAUGUUGAUUUGAAUUUUUUCUUAAACUUUGUGUACUUGACUUUAAAAUGUGAAAUGUAAACUUUAAUAAAGAGAUUUCUCAUGGUUC